AGUCAGCGCCUGACUGCGCCACAUCAUGCUGUGGAUGAAGUGGAAGAUGGUGGGGGACUCCCUGCGAGGACGGAGAAGGCGACUGCCCUGCUCCCUCUGGUUCGUCCUGCUGUUCGCCGCUGGAGGCCUGGUUCUCUUCAUUCACCAGCAGGAUCUGUCAGAGAUGGUCCAGCAGCAAGGCCCAGGCGUGAAGCUCGGAAGCAAUCCGCGGCAGUCCAGAGAGACACUCUCCACUCGGGACAGAGAGAGGGGCAAAGCUGACAGUUACCAGGACCUCCAAGUGGCAGAGGGCAUCCUGUCCAGCCCCAUUCCGCCCAUGCAGUUCCCACACUUUGAGAAAGUACGACAGACAGCCACUCCUGGAUCUCGAGAGCAGGACAUCGGCUCACUUCACGUCUCCAAAAGACAACGCAAACUCCUGAAAACGAGCCCCCCAUUACAACACUCUAAAAAUGCCUCCCUUUCUCCAGCUUCUGCUUCUUCCUCUGUUUCCUUAGUGUCCUCCUCCUCCUCCUCCUCCUCCUCCUCCUCUUCCUCCUCUUCAGUUUUCUCUUCUCCUCUUUCCUCAUCCUCUGCUUCUGGAUUUUUCUCCCCUGAGAGAUGGAGAAAGCUCUAUAUCAUCUUAGAAGCCCGCCAGCAGCUAAUGAAGGAGAUCUGUGCCAAGUACAAAAGCAGCAUCUCUAAAACCAUCACGCGGCAUCAUGUGAAACAUCUCUUUGUGGAAGACAAAUACAAGCUGUUGUACUGCCAGGUACCCAAGGCGGGCUGCUCCAACUGGAAGAGGACCCUGAUGGUCCUGGCGGGCCAGGCCUCCAAUACACAGAGCAUCAAUCACGACACGGUCCACUACGGCGACCACCUGAAGAAGCUGGACAGCUUCGACCGACAGGGGAUCAUGCAGCGCCUGGAAACGUACACUAAAGUCAUGUUUGUGCGUGAACCGCUGGAGAGAAUGGUGUCAGCCUACAGGGACAAGUUCGAGAAUCCCAACAACUACUAUCACUCCCUCUUUGGAAAACCCAUCAUCUCCAAAUACAGGGCGAACCCGUCCUGGGCCGCCCUGAAGACGGGCAGCGGGGUCACGUUUAAGGAGUUCGUCCAGUACCUGCUGGACGUCCACCGGCCCGUGGGGAUGGACAUCCACUGGGAGCAGGCCAACCAGCUCUGCAACCCCUGCCUCAUAGACUACGACUUCAUCGGAAAGUUUGAGAACAUGGAGGAGGAGUCUAACUUUCUCCUGCGACUGGCGGGGGCUCCUCCCAACCUCACGCUGCCCAGCUUCAAAGACAGGAACCCCAGCGACAAGAGGACCUCUAUGCAGAUCACAGAAAAAUACUUUACACAGGUCAGCGCGCUGGAGCGGCAGCGAGUGUACGACUUCUACUACAUGGACUACCUGAUGUUUAACUACUCCAAGCCUUUCAAGGAUUUAUACUGAUUCUUAUCAUGAUUCUUGAAUUACAGUCACAUUCCACUACAUUUCCGCCAUGAAUCUUAACACGACAGCUCACCCACGUGCUAACAGAGAGAUCAGAGAGACCCAACUUCUUCUGAAUUCCCCAGAAGCUGCUUUUCAUGACAUUUUUGCCAGGUUACCUUCAUUUUUACACCAAUGUGGCGAUGGAAUGGUUGAUGUGUUGUUGUAUCAGAUACUCUGAAUUGUCAUGAAAUGCAAGGUAUAUAUAUAUAUUGACAACCAGCAAAUGGUGGAGUGUAAUUUCAAAUUUAUAAAUUUAUAAAGGUGAAUCUUCUAAAAAACAAAAAAAAAAAAACGAUGGUUCUUGUUCAACUGGCUUUAAAUUGUGCCUCACUGUAAGUCAAGUAGUAAUUGUAAAUGUCUUAUAUAACUUAAUUUACCUUUUCUUAGCAUUCCUAAUAUCAAAAGAGAUUUGUGAGCCCAGACUCUUAUUGUGGAUUUUUUUUUCCAAAAUUGUUGAUCUCUGUUCAAAUCCACAUUUCUUAUUUUUAAUUAUUUGCAUUUACUAUUUGAUUUGCAGGUGGCGAGGCAUCAGUAUACCUCUUUGUAUCCGUGCAUACUAAUGAAGAUAUUUUCACGUGAAUGGUUUUACUAAAACAGAAUCCGGAACAAAAUACAAAAAAAAUAAAAAGUCUAAAUCUUGAAAAAGUGUGAAGCGCUGCCCACUCGGUGGCUGUGUGCACUUAUUGUAGCAUUUUUAUACUUCUAACGUUGUCGGUUAGGUCUGUGCUUGGAUUCCGUGCUUUAACGCCACACACAUGCUGUCACUCCUCCACCUCUAGAGUGUUUUAGUCGGGUGUGUUAAAUGUGUGUAAACGCAGAACUUCCAGGUGUUUGCAGGGUACAAAGUGUUGCUGCCAGUAUCUCUCAAUGCCUGUUAGUGUUGCAAUCUUACCGGUCGGUCGGUUUCUUUUACGGAACACAAUGGACUAAUCAAGUCCGGAGACGAACGCAGACGUGAGGACGGCGGUUGUUUAGAGCUGCUUUCAAACAAAGUUUCUCUUUUCAAAGCGUGUGGACUCUCCUGCAGGAGAGAGAAACAAGAGUGUGUCCAGACGUCUCCCUCUGCCGCAUCAAACGCCUCCCGAACAGUUUUCACUUGCAGAUCUCACACUGUCAACAGCUCGUCUCCUCUGUAUGUAUCACAUGUUUUUCUCACACCACCUGAUAGGCUUUUUUCUGACUCUACUGUGUACAAUUGUAUAAUGGGCAUUCAGAUGACUCUAUAUUUUUCUAUGUAUUUCUAAAAUAUAUAUCUAUAUCUAUAUAUUCAGUGCUUCAUGGUGAAGGUAUGUUGACUUCCUUUUUUCAAUGUCAUUUAUUGUUCUUUCAGUACUACCCGUGUAGAGUGUCGUGUAACUGAAGAGUUUCUUUCCAAAACAAAAAUAUCCACCAGCUGAGAAUCACAUCUCUAAACUGAAAAAAAAAAAAAAAAAAAAUUGGGUAAACCUUGCAACACAUCAUGUUUAACUGAUGAAUCCAAACCACUUGGUACUCUGGAAGUAGUGAGAGAUUUUACUAACGGAUAUCUAUAAUUUUGGAAAUUAGCUCUUUGAUUACUAAACCCUGAACUUUUUGGACUCUCAACAGAAUAACAGACCCUGUACAGCUGAGCUGCUUUCCACCCAUCCUGGCUAACCCCAUCUCUACAUCCUGAGACCCUGCUUUGUGCGCGAGCCCAGUACUUAAACUAAGCUGUUUAGGUGUUUGAUCCUUUUCCCUGCAUUUCUUUUAAGCAAAAAUACACGCACAGAAGAUGAAAUCAAAAAA